UCAAAUGACAUUUUGAAACUGUCUCUUCGAAUCUGAACGAACCAAAGAAAUAUUUUUGAAUUCGAAUUAAUAUCGUGUCGUUAUUUAUCAAAAUAAAUCAUGGAGCCAGAUGCUGGCGUAAUAUUAUCAGCAUUCAAGUAUCUGACGAAGGACGACGAGCAAAUUUGCAGGUUAUGUUUGAGCCCUACGCCUCAAUACGCUAAAUAUAUUCAGGAUUCCGUCGUUUUGAAAAAGCCGUACUAUGAAGACACCGUUACAUAUUCUGAGAUGUUUGAAGAACUUGGUGUCAACGAGGAACCAAUGUUACCGCAAACCUUGUGUGAUACCUGCGCUCGGAUCGUUACGAACGGUUAUUUAUUUAAAAAGCUUCACGAGCAUUCCAACGAACAAUGGGAUUCAGUGCUAUCAAAUCUUAACAGAACAUUAAUGCAAGCUGAAACAGUCAGCCCCUCAGUAAAGACUGCUUACAUAGUGCUCAGCGAAACAGGUAACUUCAUAGUGACAAGACGAAAGACUCAUUUACCGGAUAGAGAGACUGCUGCAAUGAAACUGAACAAGAUAAUCAAGAGUAGAUGCCGAUAUGUGCAUCGUAAAAAGACAUGCCUUAUUUGUGAAGAAUGCGGUAUGAAAUUCAAAACGAGAGUUCUCUUAAUCAAACACAUGAAGUCACACAAAGCGAAGCCUAUAAACUGCCCACAAUGCUUCAAAGCAUUUUUAACACAGAUACAAUUAACGGAACAUGCAGAAAGAGUACACUAUCCAAAGAAAAUUAAAUGUACUAAGUGUAAAAAGAUGUUUAGUACGCAGAGAACUUUAAAAGCUCACGAUCGGCAAGAGCAUGUUGCUGUUUUGUGUAAGUUAUGCUUCGUACAGUUCCCAUCUAGAUCAGCAUUGAAAGUACACUUGGAUAAACAUGACGUUACUAAAUGCCCUCGGUGUAACAAGAGUUUCAUUAACAAACAGACUUACCGAAGCCAUGUGAAACAGUGUGGUAAUGCUGAAGCUAAGGUGAUAAGCUUCUUCUGUGACAUUUGCGAGAAAGGCUAUAUUCGUAAAAAUGCUCUCCGCUCACAUUUAAAGAUAGACCACGGGUUUGGUAAAGUGCUUUCAUGCAGUUGGUGUGCUAAGAAGUUUGAUGCGGCUAGCAGAUUACGUAAUCACAUAGUGAAGCAUACACGGGAGAGGAACUUCAGUUGUGAGCACUGCAAUGGGAAGUUUGUUACUCAAGCGGCUUUAGUGUAUCAUACUCGCUUGCACACUGGGGAAAGGCCGUUCAAGUGUGACUUAUGUGACGAGAGCUUCCUCUCAGCUUCCAGAAGGAUGGAGCAUAAACGGAGAAAGCAUUUCGGGCCUCAACUGGAAUGCCCUAUAUGCCACGUUAAGUUUGUACUUGGUAGUCAGCUGAAGAAGCAUGUGGCCCGACAUUCGGAUCCUCAGAGCAAGCUUUAUGUGCCAACAGAUGGAAAACUUGAAAGGAAGUACGUAGUACGUAAUGUGCUCACACGAGUGAGUUGAAGAUUUUGUAGUGUGCCUUAUGGUAUGAAAUUAGUUGUUAAUUUAUUAUUUAAAGAAAUAAACUUAUUUUUUUAA